UCGGCUGUCGGCCUCAGUCCGAGGCGCGCCCCCCUCCCGGACGGCGCGGUCCGGGCCCCCCCCCCCCCCCCUCCAGCAUGCGGGAUGGCAUCGGCCGUGUUUGAGGGGACCUCCCUGGUCAACAUGUUCGUGCGGGACUGCUGGGUGAACGGGAUCCGCAGGCUGAUCAUCAGCCAGCGCGGGGAGGAGGAGGACUUCUUCGAGAUCCGGACCGAGUGGUCCGACCGGAACAUUCUCUACCUGCACCGGAGCUACUCGGACCUGGGGAGGCUGUUCAAGCGGCUGCUGGAGUCUUUUCCGGAGGACAGGAGGCUCCUGUCCAAGUGUCCCCUCAUAGAAGGACUGGUGAAAAUCAAAGAGGCGAGCGACAUCGAGGAGAAGCUGAACGAGGUGGAAAGACUACUGAAGAACGCCAUCAACAUGCCCUGCAAGUAUUCCAGGUCGGAGGUGAUGCUGACUUUCUUCGAGCGGUCGCCGCUGGACCAGGUGCUGAGGAACGAUAAGGUCCACAGAAUCCAGCCGUGCUUCCAGAGUCCAAUCAAGAUCUCAGAAAUCAUGCGGUCGAACGGAUUCUGUUUGGCCAACACAGAAACCAUCGUGUUCGAUCACAGUAUCGAUGAAGAGAAAGAGAGGCCCUCGUCCACAGACUCAGUCGAGCACACGUACGAGGACGGGACAGAGUUUUUGCCGAUGGACGGGGACGUGUGCGACGAGGAGACGGAGGCGUACGUCACCAACCUGUCCUACUACCAUCUGGUUCCAUUUGAAACUGACAUCCUGGAAUGAGGAUUCACACAAACUGUCCAUUAAAAUCCAAAACUGUCACCGAAUGGAGCCAAACUGCGCAACGCUGCACACAGUGGCUCCAAUUUAAAGCUGCUGAGCUUUUUUUUCUUUUUUUUUGGGCCCAUUUUUGGGUUUAUAUGCAGAAUGCAAGCAGAUAGCAGAUGACGGGAACAGCAGCAGGCGUUCUCUGUGACGCCACCGCCGUGCCUCUUCCGGAGCCGUGAUGGAGGUCCUCAGACCUCAGCAGCAUUAUCAAACAUGCUGCUUGGAACUGAAACGUCACACUUCAGCGGAGUGAGGACUUAUCAGCAGGAAUGUGGGAGCAGAUGUAACUUAUUGGACCGUUUACUCUUUCUGACCAGCACACUCUCUUUUUUUUAUCGACUUGUUUUAUCUCUGUCGUCUCUCCUGCGGGCCGCUGAUCCGGAUUCUGCAGAGAUUUGUGAUGCAUCUGCAAAAGCCGAUCAUCCUGUCGCGCAAACUCGCUCCCUGAAGCGCUGCCCGGUCAGAGGAACCGACACACACCAGCAACAAGCGUACGGCUCCAUCGUAGGAAUGAUGGCAUUCAGUAAACACAAACACAACAAACAUGACCGACAGCUCAUAAACAAUGACUUCAGCAGGUUAUUUCAAUAAGAAUUGUUUUUUUUUUCCACUCAGUUCUUUGUUGAAUUAGCGAACACAGGAAAGAUACAAAUAGUAAUUUUAAUUUAGUUUGAUUCUUUCCUUUCUUAAUUAUUAACUUAGAUGUUAGUGACAGAUUUUUUUAUGUCGCUUUGUCUGAAAAAUGAAGUAAAAUGUGAAUGUAUUACAAGUGUAGCUCGUAAUGUUGCUCUUUUUUUUCCCCGCUCACAAAACCGAUAAUUUGAAGUUUCAGAGCGGAGACUGAGUGUCGUCAUUGUGUGGAAAACUAAAUCAUCUCGCCGCUGUUGUUGCCUUCCAAAGAGUGACAAAUGGGGCAAAGAGGGCUUUGUUUAACGGGUCGAUCGAGGUCAUUUCUGGCCCGUUUCUGUAAGACGACAUGAGUGGGUUCAGUUCGGUCAGAUGGCUGACUGCAGCCUCAGUCAGAGUGUGGGAGUCUGCAGCUCCGCCUGCCAUGGGGCUGAAUAAAAACCUCUCUUUAUCUGCAGAAGACAAAUGACCUUGCUGUCCUGUAACUGUCUGUAAGAGGAGUUGUGUGAAAAAAAAAGGCAAACAGUUGAUUGAAAUUCAUGCUUUGCUGUGUUUUAUGGAUCCUCCCACUACAAGCAGUGCACUCUGGUUUCUGAAACCCAGACGGUGGCGGAGCGGAGAGCACGGCGGAUAUUUUAAAUUCAAGUGAACAGCUAAAAAUGUUUCUUGGUGAGGGAUUAGUUGUCAUUGUUUUGACAGUUUUCUCCCUCCCCGCAGGAGCCAUUGAGGCCUUACAAUGUAGGCUAAGAGCUUGUGUCCAGGUUUUUAGCCUCCUAAAUACAAAGGCAUUCAACCCUUACAAACUUGGCACAUGAGCCCUGAGCAGAACAGGCCUCUGCAUGAGUCUAUUUAGCAACACAGUCAUGAUCACCAUUCACCCCGUGAGAAAGUACAGCUCUUUCACAGGCUACAAAACUGUUUCAUGCUCUUUUUCUGCUUUUUGUCCCUUU